ACUUUUAGUGACGCUUGGCUGGUGACCCGAACUAAAUAGGCACAUAAAAAAUAGUCGUAUCAAGGGGUGUUUCCUUUGAAAAUACCAAUGGGUGUGGAGUAUCAUGUCACGGUAAGACCUGUGUCACCGCAAGCUAGGUGCGCUGGGAAAGCGCUCCUAAACAAAAGGAAGAGGUAUUCAGUGUAACAAGCUAGAUCUCGGCAACUCCGACAGGCAGUGGGAACCCUGUUACCCCUCCCUGGGUGCUAAGAUUCCCAACAUUACGAUAUCCGCCUAGAGGGACGUUCCCGGCAUCCUCUAUUGUCCAGGUGUGCACCACCGCCUACUUUACUUCACCUGGAUAUUUGAGUUGCUGUGUGGGUACUACAGUCUCACGUUUGGCACAAGACCGGCCGGCUCUCUAGACCAACAUGGCGGACGACAAAGAGAAAGACAAGGAGGAGCCCCCACCCUAUGACAGGCCUUCCGAUAUCAUGUACAGUAUAGAGGAGGUGCCACCCUGGUACAUGUGCAUCUUCUUGGGAUUUCAGCACUACCUGACGAUGUUCGGUGCCACCGUGUCGCUGCCCCUCAUCCUGUCAGGGCCCCUCUGUGUGGGGAACAACAGCCUGGCUACCAGUGAACUCAUCCAGACAACCUUCUUUGUGUCCGGCAUAUGUACUCUGCUGCAGACCACAUUCGGAGUCAGGCUUCCCAUCGUGCAAGGCGCCACCUUUGCGUUCCUGACCCCAACAUUCGCCAUCCUCAGUCUGCCUGGGUUCGCCUGCCCCAAUGUCCUGGGCUCUGUGGAAAAUACCAGCCUGAUCACGAUCCAGGUAGAUGAGAACACAACAGCUAAUGUGGACAUCAAUGAGCACUGGAGGAUCCGGAUCAGGGAGAUCCAAGGAGCCAUCAUGGUGUCCUCCGUUUUCCAAGUCGUCAUCGGGUUCAGUGGACUGAUGGGAUUGAUGCUACGGUUCAUAGGCCCCCUGGCGAUCGCUCCGACGAUUGCACUUGUGGGGCUGGCUCUGUUUGAGGAGGCCUCAUCCCAGGCAGGGAAACACUGGGGCAUCGCCUUCAUGACCAUCGCCCUGAUCGCCAUCUUCUCCCAGUACCUCCGGAAUGUGAACUUCCCCGGGGCGAAAUGGAGCAGGGACAAGGGUUGUCACGUGGCGUGGUUCCCUCUAUUCAAGCUUUUCCCGGUCAUCCUCGGGAUGUGCGUGUCCUGGGGGUUCUGCGGCAUCCUGACGGCGGCGAACGUGUUCCCCACCGACCCGAACGACCCUCAGCACAGUGCCCGGACAGACAACACUGCAGUACUGUACCAAGCCGCCUGGUUCCGCUUCCCUUAUCCAGGCCAAUGGGGCAGGCCUACAAUAAGUAUUGCCGGAGUAUUCGGCAUGUUGUCCGGUGUGCUCGCCUCCAUGGUUGAGUCCGUGGGAGACUACUACGCCUGUGCGCGCCUGUCCGGAGCACCGCCCCCUCCCGUGCACGCCAUCAACAGAGGGAUAGGGAUAGAGGGGAUAGGCUGUAUCCUGGCCGGCGCCUGGGGGUCGGGGAGCGGGACCACAUCCUACAGUGAAAACAUCGGAGCCAUCGGAAUCACAAAGGUUGGUAGCAGACGUGUGGUCCAGGUUGGCGCCCUGAUGAUGCUGGUGCUCGCCAUGUUCGGCAAGUUCGGCGCGCUGUUCACCACCAUCCCGGAGCCCAUCAUCGGCGGCAUGUUCUGUGUCAUGUUCGGCAUGAUCGCCGCCGUCGGGAUCUCCAACCUGCAGUACGUGGACAUGAACUCCUCACGGAACCUCUUCAUCUUCGGGUUCUCCAUCUUCUUCGGGCUGCUGCUGCCGCAGUGGAUGAAGGAACACCCCAAUAUCAUCAAAACAGGUAGCACAGAGGUCGAUCAGAUCUUCACCGUGCUGCUGAGCACCAGCAUGUUUGUUGGAGGCUUCGUGGGGUUCUUCCUGGACAACACUGUCCCAGGUACGGACGAGGAACGUGGUAUCGCCCAAUGGAAGAAGCUGAACGCAGCGUCCUUGAACAUGAAAGGAUCCGACAAGAGGGCCAACAAAGUCAUGGAAUGUUACGACUUUCCAAUUGGCAUGGACUACAUCCGUUCGUGCAAUAUCGGCAGGUACAUCCCUGUCUGCCCAACCUUCUGUCUCCCGCCGUUCGGGUCGGGUGGGGACGAGGAGGAACCAGAAGUGAUCGAAAACCCCGCCGCCUUUGGAAGGGAAGCGCGGGAGGCGCCUGUGAAGCUAGCGCCUCUAGCGACUCAGGAGAUAACUGCAUUGUGAUAAGCUGGAUCGAUGGAAGAUUUUUUUAAACCAUUCUCUAGCAUUGAGUAACGUUCCAUGGGAGUGACUACUGAAUGAACACAUGAUUAAACAUCCAUGUAUUUUUCUCACGUGGUGGUAUUAUGGCACCCUAUAGAAUUAUGAGAGUUGAUGUUAUGAUUCAUGUUACACAGAACAUACGUAAACUGUAUACACACACACACAUAACCUUCUUGGCAACUAAUGGUGAUAGAUACUGGUACCCCCCCCCCCCCCCGAGCUUUCAUUCACAACAGGUUGGUAACUUUAAAAUGACGGUCUAAAUAAGAAUGCAAUGUUAAUGUUCAUUUUGUGCACACUUUGGAAUAUCAUAUUCCAUACUCAGGAAUGCACAAUUGCAUGAUGAUUUAGAGCUUCACGACAUUCAAGAUAUAUAAUGAUGUACUCAUAACAUACCUAUAACAUUUAUAAAUCUCUUUUAGCUAAUUUUGUGGUGGUGAUUAACAACCUACGCUGUGGACGCACAAUGUCCUCAAUGAUUUGCAACAGGGGAACCUUUGAAAAAGUACACAUAUGAUUUUAAGCGCUAUUCAAUGUCUAAUAUAAUGAUGAUCACUUACAAAGGUGACUACGCUGUACAGUGUUCAUUCUCCAAUUUUUGGUAUUAAUCAACACGAUUCAGAAAGUAUAUUAUAUUUUAUGUAUGUAUAUCGGUGAUUAUUCUGUAAUGAGUAGUAUUGCUUGCGUCUCAUUUUAAAAUUUGCAACAUGAACAUUCACAACAUCUUACGUAAGAGUGUAGGUUUGUUUGCAAGUUGUAUCCCCAGCUGCUAGGCUAUAUUCAGAAAUUGCAUAUGCUUUAUCACUAAGUAAUGUUAUUGUAUUUUGCUCUGUGUAUACGUACAUUGGAAUAAGAAAUAAAUCAAGGUUCAUAUACGGUGGUGAAGGA